GCGGGGCGAGGGGCGGCCGCAAGGACGGGGCUCCUCGGUGCCCUCCGCCAGCGGCCGCCGCCCACUAACACCCCUGCUCGCCGCCCUGCGAUCCCGCCCUUCCCGCCCCGCCGCUGCCGGCCUUCCUCCGUCCCUCAGCCUGCUGUGCAUGCUGGAGAUGCAGAAACCAUGUAGCAGAAAGCUUUGAGCAGCUGUGGAUUAUCAGUUUCUCCCAAGAGGAAUAUAAAGUGGAGGAUGAAGGCGACUGGAUUUAUUUCCCUGUGGACGUUGGUUUCGCUGCCUUGUGGCCCGUUAGCAAACCCCGCGGAGCGUGAAGAUGUAGUGAAGCAUGCAAUAAAGCUGCACCGUGGGAAAGGAGCUGUUAUCACUCAGAGGAAGCAGUGGGUGUUGGAGAGCUGCAGAAAACUGUCUGGUCUUCUUCGCCAAAAGAACGUUGUUCUCAACAAACUAAAAAAUGCCAUAAGAGCAGUUGAGAAGGAUGCAGGACUGUCUGAUGAAGAGAAACUUUUUCAGGUGCACACCUUUGAAAUUUUCCAAAAGGAGCUAAAUGAAAGUGAAAACUCAGUAUUUCAGGCAAUCCAUGGCCUCCAGAGAGCUCUACAGGGUGACUACAAAGAUGUUGUAAAUAUGAAAGAAAGCAGUAGACAGAGACUGGAGGCCUUGAGAGAAGCUGCAAUUAAGGAAGAAAUGGAAUAUGUUGAACUCUUAGCAGCAGAGAAACACCAGGUUGAAGCCCUUAAGAACAUGCAGCACCAAAACAAAAGCCUGUCGAUGCUUGAUGAAAUUCUGGAAGAUGUCAGGAAGGCAGCUGAUAGAUUGGAAGAGGAAAUAGAAGAGCAUGCCUUUGAUGACAACAAAUCUGUAAGAGGUGUAAACUUUGAAGCUGUUUUAAGGGUGGAAGAAGAUGAAGCCAACUCCAAAAGAAAUGCUUCAAAAAGAGAAGUAGAAGAUGACUUAGGACUUAGUAUGCUUAUUGAUUCUCAGAACAAUCAGUAUAUCCUUACUAAACCCAGAGACUCAACCAUUCCUCGUGCUGACCAUCAUUUCAUAAAGGAUAUUGUAACAAUAGGAAUGUUGUCUUUGCCGUGUGGCUGGCUGUGCACAACAAUAGGAUUGCCAACCAUGUUUGGGUAUAUCAUCUGUGGAGUACUCUUAGGACCCUCAGGACUAAAUAGUAUCAAGUCUAUUGUACAGGUGGAGACAUUAGGAGAGUUUGGUGUAUUCUUCACUCUCUUUCUAGUUGGUCUGGAAUUUUCUCCUGAAAGAUUAAGAAAGGUAUGGAAAAUAUCAUUGCAAGGACCCUGCUACAUGACAGUUCUGAUGAUUGCCUUUGGUUUACUAUGGGGGCACUUGCUCCAAAUUAGACCAACACAGAGUGUCUUCAUUUCCACUUGUUUGUCUUUGUCAAGCACACCACUGGUGUCCAGAUUUCUUGCAGGUAGUGUUCGAGGAGAUAAAGAGGGGGAUAUUGACUACAGCAGCGUACUGCUUGGCAUGUUGGUGAUGCAGGAUGUGCAGCUUGGUUUAUUUAUAGCUGUCAUGCCUACGCUUAUUCAAGCAGGAGUGAGCACAUAUUCCAGCAUUUUCAAGGAAAUUCUGAGAAUACUGAUACUGAUUGGCCAAAUUCUGUUUUCUCUGGCUGCUGUUUUUCUUCUAUGUCUUGUUAUAAAGACUUAUCUCAUAGGACCGUAUUACCGCAAGUUGCACACAGAAAGCAAAGGGAAUAAAGAAAUCCUCAUUCUAGGAAUAACUGCAUUCACCUUCCUUAUGUUAACGAUCACAGAGCUGUUGGAUGUUUCAAUGGAGCUGGGAUGCUUCUUAGCUGGAGCUCUGAUCUCUUCUCAGGGUCACAUGGUUACUGAGGAGAUUAUGUGCUGUAUUGAACCAAUACGUGACUUUCUUGCCAUCAUUUUCUUUGCAUCUAUAGGACUUCAUGUUUUUCCCACUUUUGUAAUAUAUGAACUCACAGUCUUGCUAUUCCUUACAUUGUCUGUCGUCAUAAUGAAGUUUGUCUUGGCAGUGCUUGUCCUUUCUUUGAUUCUUCCAAAGACCAGCCAAUAUAUCAAGUGGAUUGUCUCAGCAGGACUGGCACAAGUCAGUGAAUUCUCUUUUGUUCUGGGAAGCAGAGCACGCAGAGCAGGGAUCAUAUCUCGGGAGGUUUAUCUUCUUAUUCUGAGUGUGACUACUCUAAGCCUUUUACUUGCCCCUGCCCUGUGGAGAGCUGCAAUUAUGAAAUGUGUUCCGAGACCUGAAAGACGCUCCAGUACUUGAUCAAGAUUUGCACAAAUUGAAGGAUAUGUCCUCUUGCAAGGAAAACGUCUUCAUUGCUCAUUGUAUUUUCUAUGCACUUAGAAAACAAGACCUGUUGAGUAGUCAAUCCUCUUAAUAAGCACUUGGUUAUAAGCCUUAUACUGACCUUAAAACAAAAUUCAAUACAAAAAAUAAUUGUGUCAUAUGAAUUGCACACCUUUUACAAAAUUUACUUUGACUGAUUGGAAUCUACUAGAACAUUUGUUUCUGAUCCAAUCUGUUAUUCAGAGCAUAAAUUAUUUUUAAUAUAGUGUCAUGCAAACUAUGUUUAUUAUUUUUUGCCUGAAUGUGCCUUUUAAUUUUCAUCCUGUUAAUGCUGGUUCAUCACCAGAUUUUGUUUAAAAAGGAAAAAAAAAUAUAUUAUGGUGCCUAUGGUAUCUUCUUUCACUAAAUGACUUGAGUCAUUUUCACAUUUAUGAUUUUAAUAUAGCAGUAUAAAAUUAACUACAAACCAAAUUUCUAAUGGUGAAUAAAAAUGAUCCUCUGUACAAAGAAAAGGUUUAACUGUUUAGCAUCAGUUCCAAGCAGUUAAUUACAUAUUCCAAUUCAUGCAGCCAGUACUGCAUGAUAUUUCAUUCCAAAUUGCAGCAUAUAAUGUAUUUUCUUAGAGUGGUAUAUUUUGUGUUAGCUCUUGUAUUUAUUUACAUAUUUGACUAAAAACUGACGGUAAGAAAGGGCAUAAUUUAUGUUUGCAGACUGACAGUUGUUACCUGUUCUUGUUGCUAACUGCUGCUACAGUAAUGGUAUACAGGGGUGUUUUCUUUUAAAUCAAAAAUAAAUGUAGUAAAACUGGGAAGUGUAAUUUCAGUUAGAUGUGAAAAAUACUACUUCUGUAACCUUGGAGGAUGGAUCUUAGUUGACACUAUUCUAGAUCUGAAAUUAUUUUAAGUAAAUUAACUUGCAGAAGACUGGAAACGGCAGACUAGGUGUGUGUUUGCAACCCCAUGACCUUUUAAGUUACAUUUACAUUGUAUAAAUUGUUAGUCUUUUUAAAAUACCAUUAUAUUUUAGAAAACAGUGUUUUGAAUGUGAUCUUAAAUGUGAUUUUUCUUUAAAAUGUUGUAUGUAGUGAGAUAGGUCUUGUAAAAGCCCAUUAUUUAAGUGUCAUAGAGAAAGCUUACUCAUAGGCUGUAGUGUACUCUGUGACAAAGCAUUUAAGAAUCAUCUUGAGGUUCAUCUGCUAAAACCAAUACUAUUUAAGAUACAUCAACACUUCAGGUCAGUAUUGCAGUGUCAUCUGAAAUAACAUUGAUACCCACAAAAUGGUUAGAAAAAUGCAUGUUAUGAGGUUUAAAUUGCCAAUUAAAAUGAAAAUUGUCCUCCAAGUAGCAACACAAAGCUUUGGAUGGAUCUUUGUGGUCUGUACCUCUUUCUCCUAUAGCAGCCUCAGUUUCUUCUGUGUUUUCUCUGACAUCUGCUGGGCUUGUCCAAAUGAAACUUGGAUUAGUCUGGAGUGUGUAUGUACUGGUGGGACAGGGUAGAGAUCAUCAUAAUUGAGCUCUUGCUCACUGGAUUUGGGGCUUUCCCUCUAGACACUAAUCUUCAUAAAGAUUGGAGGAAUGUAGGGCAAAUCCACCUCCCCUCAAAUGGUUUCAAAAGUUGUCACAAAACACACAAAUGCAGAACAAAAAGCUGCCCAAUGAAUAUUUUUUUAAAUAAAAUGAUUCUAUAACAGAAAAGAAACUCAAAACUUAUUUUUUGCUAUAUUUCAAUAUUUUUAUUCAAAAUAGAGGAGCAGUUCGGGUUUUAUGGUUCCAUUUAACAGUCUCCUAGCUCAGACCUUUUACUCUUUUCCAAGUACCUCACUGAAAUAAUUUGUUUCUUAACUGUCCUGUCAACUCUGUCCACUCACCUAGCUCAUUGUUUCUGCAUGAAAUACAAGCAUCUCUCCUAAAUGCUUCAUUUUGGCUUUGAAAGAUGCUUAUUUCACAUGUAGUUUGCCACCUGUUUCAGAGGGAAGAAAUGUAUGACAGGUCAUGGUAGAGACCUCUGUAUGGUUUCCAUUAUGUCACUUAGUUAGCCCUUGAAGCAGUUACAUGACAUAUUGCACCUGUGAUGAGUAAAACUUUUAUCUAAAUAAAUUGCUGUGGGUAGUUGUAGUUCUCUAGAAAAUUCUUUAAAAGUCAGGAAAGAGACUAGGAAAUACUGAUGGCAUGUGUCUCUUAAAAGAAAGAAAAUAUUUUCCUGAAUAUCUUCUAAAAGAUUUGGGUGAAAAGCUCAUUUGGUUCCAUGUUCAAAAAAGGAAAGCAAGCAUCUAGAUACCUUACUGGUUGCCUCAUCUCUCUGUCCUCUCCCAAAUAAACUUUGUCAUGGUUUAGGAAUGGUAUUCCCCAAUUUAGUGCUCUCACCAACACCACACCAUCAGCUGUUUCCCCUCUCCCCGAAGCUGGAAGCACAAAAGGCAAAGAUUGUGAGUUGAGAUAAGCACCAUUUACUGGAAACAGCGAUGAGAUAAGAAAACAAACAGUAAGAGCAACAAUAUUAAUAACAAAAUUGUGCAAAGAGGACCCCCAGACGACAACACAGAGAAAAGGACUACCUUUCUUCCUGAAAGUAAGAGAGGGAGCCCCUUUUUUCUGCCUCUGGCAAUGAGGUAGGAUAGUAAAGAAUCACAAGGUAUAUAUGCCCAGGCCACUCCAGGUUCCACUUCCUCAUGCCUACUGGGAAAAAAACUCUGUCCUGGCCAAAACCAGGACAACUUGGCUGGGCUUUAGGAGACCUGGGAGGAGAGAAAUAGGCUUGUGUGAGUACCAGUGUUCUGUGCUUCUUUGUUGACACAGAUUUGGAUUGCCUGGUUCAAUAUUAGGUGUAAGUGCAAGUUAGUAAUCUUAACAGACAUAUGGUAAGUUUGUUUGCAAUCAGACAUUUGAGAUUGCCUCAUAGAAAUCUAGAGGUAUACUGAGAUACUCUAAAUGUUUCCUGAAAUGAGAAUUAUGGCUCCAUGCAUAAUUCCAUGUUCAAAUGGGCUAGUCUCAUGAUAUGAUCUUAGGACAGAAACAACAGACCUUAUUCGUGAAUGAUCACUCAUUCCUGUGUGAAAAAUGGGGAGAAUAUUGCAUAACCAGCCCACUUAGAUAUAAUUGCAGCUUUUCAGAAACCUUAUGCUCUUACUGUAGAAUAUUCUCUUUCUGUGUCAAGCAGAUAAAAUUAAAGCAGAGUUCCAUAAGCCCUGAAAGGAAAAUCUAGUGAUUUGUUGAAGGUUUCUUGAAAAACAAAGGUCUUUUUCUGGAAAUUCUUGUUCCACCUUGUUGGACAAUGGUUCUAUCUCAUUCAUUAACUAAUGAUCAGUACCAUUUUAAUACAGGAAAGCUGAUACAAAGCAGAAGCCUCAUUAAGUGAUGAGAGGAUAUUCCUAUGGUCAAACUGAAUUUAAGGGAGUGAAAAGGGAGGUCUCCUCUAUGCUUGACUUAAAACUCACUCAGCUAACCUGUUCUGGGGUUGAGAUUCUGUUUUUUGGGUUUUGGUUUUUUUUUUUGCAGGGGGGGUGUUUCAUUUAUUUUGUAGGUGGAUUCAACUGUGCUUAUUUGGCAUGGCUUUCUGAAAAUUUGAGUUCUUGUGUGUUACCCCUUAAUUGCUAUCCUUGAUAAUUCUGUGAAGAUAAAGGAACCAAAGUAGUUUAAAAGCUGGUAGUGUGGGCUGUGCUUGGUGAGCUAUUUCCCUGGCCCUGGGGUCAGACUGGUAUGUAUGGACCCACAACCACCCUACUUCUGGCUUAUCCCAUACAGAGCAGGUGGCUUCAGUUUGUCAGUAGGAAGGUAUUUGUGGGAGCUGUGAUGUGGUUUCCUGAAAUUGUCACUGAUGUAGGUCUAGGAUGGCUCAAGAAUGUGGUGAUGGCGAACUAAGUCCAUGGCACUACAUAGCCUUUUAAAAGCUCUAAGAAUUUAUACUUCUUAUCAUUCUCAAAUAUGAGGAAAAGCAUCCCCACAAAGCCUUGUACUUGACUUGUUUUAUGACUGGACAUCCUCAACUUUGCAGGCAGAAAGAUGUGGGGGCGCCUUGUGUGACAGAAUAUUGCUGCACGAUGAUGCUUGAUGGAGAGGGUGAGAAAUCUAGUGUGGUCUUGCCUGUUGGAACAAACCCAGGAACAAUCUAACCACAAAAGCACUCCUGGGGUUUGUCUAGGGAAGGAAUCCAUAGUUCUGCUCAGUAACCAGUCCUGGCAGUGUUCCAGCAUGUGGGCAAUGCCAAAGGUGGAGGAAACGGGAUCCCUGAAUGACAAGAGGCAAGCCACAUAACAGCGUUGCUAUUUUGUGGGCAAUGCAAUAGCUUGUAAGGAGCAGCAAAGUAUCAGACAUCCCGUGUUGAUGGCCUGACAAUGAGGGAGCCAACACAACUACUGCAGGGAGAAGGAAGAGCAGUCUUUAGAGCUGGGAGGAGUGUAGCCCACUCAGCCCCUAAAGGCAGAAGGGAAAGGCAUGUCUCUACCAACUUCACUCAGUAGCCCAGGAGAUUUGCUCCUCGGCUUCUCCCGCCGCCUCUGCUGAGUAAUUACCUCUGCUGGGUUGGACUUACUGACACUUUAAACACAACUGGACCAGGGAAACCUGCUGGCUGGAGACAACAAACUGGACAACGUUGUGACAAGAGUGACUUAGGGAUAACUGAUCCUGCCUUGUGGGAAAAACCUAAAUCAGAGUAGUAAAAUUUUCAGUUAUGGUACCAAGCUGUAUUUUUUAUUUCCUAAAAUGGAGUAGAAAUUUGGGAAUUGGAAGAUGGUACCUCCCGACGAGGCCAGAUGCUGACAAGGUGGUCAGGUGGCACUAGGUCUUUAAGUCAUGAGUUUGCACGGAUCACAGUGUUCGGAUUGCAUGGCUCCCGUUCGUCUGCAUUUCCUCUGGCAUCUGUUGAAGCUUUCUGCCUAUGACCUCUUGAGACAAUUUCCUCGUGUCUGUCAUGCAGUCCUGCCUCACUGAUGCUGUUUAAAUUUAUGAUCUGUUCUGCUUUUCGUGCACCCUUAAAAGGGAGAUACACUCCCCAGAAAACUGUGAAGUGGAAUAGCCUUCCACCACUACUAUCACAAACGAAAUCCUAAAGCUCCAAAAUACCUGCAAAAGGUGUGCUCAGAGAUUAGAGAAGUGUUGAAAGUUUUUUCACUGGUACAAACACUUCCAAUUAAUUGCGAACAACCCUCGGCUAAAGGAAAAAAAAACCCCACUACCCAAGAGUUGGGCGUGUUUGGGCAGUUAGUAUGUAUCAAAAUAAAUGCUAGCAAACUAGGA